GCAACACCCACAGCCUGCCAGCCUGCCAAUCCUCACUUCAAGCAGCCUCCCCAUCUCCAUCUCCCCAGGCUCCCAUCAGAUAAGAUGGCGAAUCCAACCCAGCAGGGGUUCUUUGUUCCCGACCUGCUGGCAACCCUGCCCAACACCAUCGCCUCCAUCAUCGACCAGCGCGUCAAUGCCAUCGUCGACCAGCGCUUCCAGGACAUCGAGCAGCGCCUUGACAACCUCGAGGCCGUCCUCAGAGCCGAAGGCCGCCUGGCCCCACCCCGCCAGAGCCCGCUGCGAGCCCAGGUCCAGCACCACCCGCAGCAACACCACCAGCCUCAAUUCCAGCAGACCGUCAACCCUCCUCCUCUGCCUCCCCAGUCCCAGCCCCACCACAACCAGAAUGUCGUCGACAAUCCAGAGCCCGUCAUGGCCCUCGCCACCGCAAACCAGGCUGCCGCCAUGACUGCCCACACUGCCCCGCCUGUCCCACAGCAGCAGCAGCAGCAACAACAACAACAGGCCCAGCAGCAACAACAGCAACAUCAACAACAACAACAACAACAACAAGCGCAGGCGCAGGCUCAGGCCCAGCAGCAGCAGCAGCAGCAGCAGCAACAACAGGCCCAGCAGCAGCAGCAGCCACAACAGCAGCCGCAACAGCCUCAGCCUCAGCAACAACAACAACAACAACAAAUGGCGCCGCCGCCCUCCGCAGUCCUCCACGCCAUGCCCCCCAUCGUGGCCAUGGAGAUCCCCCCCGAGGGCUUCCCCAUCACCAGCCGAGCCACCAUGCAGCUCGAGCUCGACCAGUUCACCAUCCCGAGGGGGUACUCGAUGCGCAUGAGCGGCACGCGCGACAUGGGCAAGGGCAAGCGCAAGAUCCGCUGGAUCUGCUUCCGCGCGGGCGAGGCCCGCUACAGCGAGGCCUCCAAGGCCGCCGGCAUGCCCGAGCGCAGCUCGAAAAAGUGCAACUGCCCCUUCAAGUUCGAGUGCGUCGAGACCUUCCGCGACUCCAACAUGUGGGUCGUCCACCACCACAUCACCCCGGGCACCACCACCCACAACCACCCGCCCUCCGACCCCAGCGAGGACCCCCGCAGCCGCAAGCUGCCCCCCGCCGUCGCCUCCGAGGUUGACGGCUGGCUCAGGCAGGGCUGGCAGGUCAGCAAGAUCAUGACCGAGCUCAAGAACCGCGGCUUCAAGAACGUCCUCAGCCGCGACCUGUAUAACCGCCGCCAGCAGCUGAAGCGCGAGGACGAGAGCGGCGAUGCUUAGGGGAGGGCCGAGGACGUCGUCUGCGGCCGGCGUAGCCUUUUCUUUCCUCUUCUUUAUAUCAUGCUAGAAGCCCGGUUUGAAAUUCCCUGGAGGGUACUGUAGUUUUUCUUUCUUCCUACUUACCAGGCUUCUCUUCACCUGGUUCAUCAUGAGUUAUACCCCGUCCUGAGCCGAGGCUCACUCAUAUCAUGAUUUGGGGCCUGCCUGCGGGGCAGUUCCGGCGGCUUGUGGUGGAUCCCACACCUCUGUGUAGAUUAAGAAAGGACCUCCGGUCGGUGGCUUCUCGCCAGACCACGCCGUUAUGAUCAAUCACGUAGGCAUGCUAAGAAGGUCGGACCCGGGGAUGGGUUUUUUUUUCCGCCUUCGCCUACUAAUCUUUCUCACACAUGACUUUCAUCUUCUUCCACGCCUGCAACAGUUCUUGUUCACUGGUGUGAAUGUGAUGCCGCGUGUUUGUGGUACUCGCUCGUCUGUCUGCCUGCCGACGCUGCUAACGACGACGACUUCUUCUGACCGACGGUUGUCCAAGGCCUCGGGGGAUUUUACCCGCUGCCACGUGUAGAUCCUAUGAAGCAGGUGCCUGGGUCAGUCUGAGACAUUUGAGCUCCCACUUUCAGCAGUCACCGUUGAAGCUGGUAGCUAGCCGUGCUGUGUUGAAUUUGAACCGAGGUGUCUGCCUCGGUUGCGAUGAGGCAUGGCCUUCCUGCUGUUCGGGUAUCUGCUGCUGACAGUGUACUGGAAGCUGUGCCGUCUUCAAAGACCAAGCGGCAAGGUUCUUCUUGGGAGGGGAGCUUCUUAUUGUGACCUCAUGGGGGGAAGCCCUAACAUUG